AAAUUUAGAUUGACAAUUGACGUCUUUAGCUACUGUGAAUGAAAUAAAUAAAUGCGAAAAAUCGACAAAAAUCGUGUUAUUUUCAAGUAAAUGUUGCGUAUUUGUGAUCAGAGUUUAAAAAUAGCUAUUUCUGUAUUUUUCUUAAAUAUGAAAUGAGUCUAGAACAAAGUUUAAUUUCGAAUGUUAUUUUCAAGUGGUGAUAUUAACACAUAACCUUAUUUCGCUAACUGGCGAUUUUUUGUUUAUAAAGGUGUUUCGGUGAAAAUUAUAUUGAUGUGUUAAAUGAUUCAAGUGAAAUUGUGAUACUAUGGAUGAUGACUCUAAGGAGUAUAGACGAAAUAAACCGCAACAAAAACUGUAUAAACCUGGUAGUGGGCCGUUGAGACGCUCUAGCUAUGGUUUAGAUGCUAAAAUGGAUCAUUAUGGUUCUCAGAAUUCUAUACAAGAUGAAACAGUAAGUAAUGCUAGCAGAGAUAAUUCGAUACCGAAUUCGCGCCCUAAAAAACCUGAACAACAAUUAUAUGUGCCUCGAUUAGGUGAUUUAAACUUGGACGACAGGCAGGUAAAAUCGAGGGGAGAUAAUUCUAGUCACUCCAAUAAUAAGAAAAUGUCUAGUAGACAGGAUAAACAAAAUGUGAACAGUGGAUCUAGUUCAUACCCUAGGUCUGGUUCACGAAGAGGCAGAACAGUGGAAAACCAUUACAAAGACAGUGGCAGUAAUGAUGUUAAUUAUAACAGGAAUUACAGACAGGUAUCUGAGACUAGAUCAAUUUCUCCAUCUCAUAUCCAAGAAAGAAAUCAUGUGGACAGAAAUCGUGAUAGUAGAAGUAUGGAGUCAUCAGCUGCACGAUAUUAUACAGGCGGGGGUGGUAAGCCGCCCUCAGGCCGAAGAAACUCUGGUGGUUAUUCAUCUGAUUCCUCUAGACCUAAAUUCAUGGGAAAUAUAGAUAAUAUACCUCCAAGAUUCAGAAAGAAAUUUUUAGAGCAAUCUGGCCACCAUAGUUUUGAUAGUGUAGAUCAAAUAAACAGGCAUGCUUCUAAUCAGUCCCUACAGCCUAAUUAUAAUCAAAGCCAUGUCUAUAAUUCUAACUUAAAUUGGUCUCAAACUUUGCCCUCAAGGGGGCGUGGACGUUUGAGGGAGGAAGGAUUAGACAGUGAAAAAUUUAUCAACUCCUACUUGAAAAGUUAUGAAGUACAAAACUCUGGAAGAUCAACUCCAAGUAGUUCUUAUGUGAAUAUUUAUGAGUCUAGUAUUCUGGAUAACAAACAUGAAAGGAACAACAUUAUGACUAGGAGUGAUAAUCAAAAGGAAUGUUAUGGCAGUACAAUGAAAAAUGGACUUAAUGAUAGUGGUGAUGUCUUAUACAACAAUGAACCAAGUAAAGAAUCUCAACAUGAGAGUGAUACAAUCUCACAAAUUACUAACAGCCUUUUGGACAUGACCAAUUUAGACUGGACAGAAGAGGUGGAAAAGAACAUCAAACUGGAUGAUAUGUGCGAUUCGUCUACUAGUUUUUCUCAGACAUUCAAGUCAUCAGCUUCACAAGAAAUCAAACAAGCAAUAGCGCAGGAAAAUAAACCUGCAGUUUCCCAGGAAAAUAAGCAUGGCGAAUCUAAAAGAAGAUCGCGUCGUUCAAACAAGAGGAGUUCUAGUAGAGGACAAAGAAAUUCGGAAAAGAAGGAAAGAAAUAGAAGAGAUAGCAAUGCAAGCAUUCAACUUGAGUCAGAAAGAAACCGUAAAGACAGUAAUGUCAGCAUGCAGCAUGAAACAAUUUUCUCUAAUUUGAAGCAGAGAGAAAGGGAGAGGAGAGAUAGUCACAAAAGUAACCGCUCAUCCACCAUUGGGAACAGUAGAGAUGAUUUGGAUCGUUGGAGGUCAUUAAGAUCAUAUAGCCGCGAACAGAGUGCAGAAGGGAGAAUAGUUUCACAAUGCAACAGCAGAGAUCCAUCAGCCAAUCGCGCCACGAGUCCACGAGAUAAUGAUGGUUUCAGGAUACCAGCAUCAAAAUCAACUACAUGGACAUCCACUAACCAGAAGAAAAGUAAUGGUUCAUGGGCUGGCGGGCGGACGCCGAGCGUGGAACGCGGGCGGCAGUCGCCGGCGCCGAUUUCGGUCGAGCCGGCCGCGGGGGGCGCUGGGGACGCGGCGGCGGGGGGCCGGCGUGCCCGCAAGGGGGGGCGCCGCCGUGGAAGGCAUUCGGAGCUGGCGCACCAUCCGUUGCCAACUACCAACUCGUCGUCUAGUACUAAUUGGAGGGAGGAGAUAUUGGAGUCGAAAAAACAUUCUACCCAUGAAAGACAUCCCGAAACCCCUUCACAAAGAACAAGAGUAAAUAGUACAAUGUCCGAUAAAUCAGUGUCUGAAUCGACCAUGUCUCAUCCUGGAUUGAUAGUUUUACCACAAAGUUCAAUAUCGCAUUUGCAGAAAGAUCAAGGGAGAGGAGCCUCCGUAGAAACACAGAAAACAUUAUAUGAUCACCAGAAUCCAUCCAAACCUAUAAUUGUACAAACUAGUCCUAAUAAAGUAGAUAUUAGAAUGGAUAGAGACUUGCCCCCAGGCGGGUGCGCGGGGCGGUGGCGCGGUGAAGCGGCGGUCGCGGGGGUCGCGGGGGACGCGGGGGACGCGGGGGACGCGGCGCGCGCGGUCCGUCAUCGCGACCUCCUGCAGCGCGUGGACCGCGCCGACGCCAUCUUGCAGACGCAUGCGCUGCGCGGACCCAUGGCCCUAGCCGCUCAUUGGCCGGAUGUUGCUGAUACGAGAAAGUUCCUACAAAAUGCCCUGCAUCGUCUUUUGAUGUCAGACCUUAAAUAUUGCCAAGCUGACAACAUCGAGCAUCAUUUUUGGAAAAUACUGUACUAUAAUUUUAUUGAAGUUUUAAGAAAAAGUUUUACCCAAAUCGCACCUGAAAAUAAGCCAGAGAUAGUUAAAUUAAUAAAUGUUAUUAUUGAAGAAGGGAAUAUUUUCUUCGAAAGUUUAGUGCAGGCAUUAGAGACGACGUACAAAUUUAAUAUAGAUGAUUACAUUAAUGACAACCAUGUGCUGCCGCCCAAAGGACUUGGAUAUGUUGGGCUUGCAUUGAUCUCAGUUCAAAAACUGUAUGUGUUCCUCGGGGACCUAGCGAGAUACAAAGAGCAAGUGAAUGAAACAAAUAAUUACGCUAAAAGUAAAUAUUGGUACACGAAAGCGCAACAAAUCAAUCCAAAAAAUGGGAGACCAUAUAAUCAACUGGCUAUUUUAGCAAUUUAUGCAAGGAGAAAAUUAGACGCGGUGUAUUAUUAUAUGAGAAGUUUGAUGUCAUCCAAUCCAUUUCAUUCUGCUAGAGAAAGUUUAAUAUCAUUAUUUGACGAGAAUAGGAAAAAGUACGAAGCAGCUGAGCGCAAACGGCGCGCGGCCGCCGAAACAACUCGAAGCGCUGAGAAUGGUGAGACGGGACACGGCGCACACAGCGGCUGUGGUCUUCGCCGCGAGGUUUGGGUGAGACCCAGCGGACACCGCACCACGACACUGCGGCCACACAACAGGGACGAAGACUUCGCAUCCAUGACUUCAGUAGAGUUAAACAAGAGUUUUAUUACCAGUUACUUACAUGUGCACGGCAAGCUGAUCACUAAAAUUGGCAUGGAGACGUUCCACGAGUCGGCGUCUCUGAUGUUGCGUCAAUUCCGCGCGUUGCUGACCCGCCAGCCGCUGCCGACGCCUGCGCCGCGCCUGCUGCAGCUCACGGCGCUCAAUAUGUUCGCGGUCGAGACCACACACAGUCAGAAAGAUGGCAGUAUCAAAGGCUCGCGGUCGGCAUGGUUGGAAUGCGCGCUCGGCGUGUCGCUGCUCAUGUUCGGCGUGAUGCUGGAGCGGUGUUGCACUCUGCUGCCCGAGCCGGCACACGCGCAACAACACACUGAUGCGCUGUUGCUCUUACCGGCUAUCAAGGUGUGGUCUGAUUGGAUGUUAUGUCACAGUAGCGUGUGGAAUCCACCACCGGCAUUCAACAAUUUCGAAAUCGAAACCGACAAUGAUCCUUGGGAUUGGCUAGCAAAGCUGAUGAACAUUCUAGAAAAUCUCGAUGAAAAGUCGAUAGAACUAGAAUAUGAACCAAAAGAAGGUUAUUUACCCGUGCGAUUGGCGGAAGACACUUCGUUGGGGGGGUUCACACCGCUCAUGUACAUGGAGCCGGCGACGGCGUGGUUGCGGUCCGACCCUACCGCCUCGCUCCAGACAGCAGAACAUGCCUUGAGGACAAGAAAACUGCUUUUUUUCGGAACCGAAUAUCUGGUGGGCGUUGAGCCGCCAGUGCUUCGGCUGGAGUACCCGGGUGAUGCGCCGCCGCGGUACGUGAGCGCCGUUCAGCGACUCCAGCCCAACCACCCGCCGUUGCAGCAUCUGUCAGAGGAUUCUGAAGACGAAGACAGUGCCAGUGGUGCAACCAGUGGGCCGACCAGUCUAAGCGAAAGUCUGGGCGGACCUGACGAAGCACCAGAUGAAGCAACCCGGAGGUUGCUCAGGCGCAAAGAGCAGUUGGAGUCCAGGAAAGCCAACCUCGAAAAGCGGCGAGAGCGUAUGCAGGAGAUGCUGCGAGGCGGCUGGGUGAGUGUGGAGGUGGAGGUGCGUCCGCGCUGGCUGGUUCCGGACACCAACUGCUUCAUCGACCACCUGCCGCUGCUGGCGGCCGUCGAAGCUGCGCAGCCCUACGUGCUGGCCGUGCCGCUUGUUGUGAUGACAGAACUAGAAGGGCUCAAGAAGUGUUCGCGAGUGGGCGCGAGCGCGCAAGCGGCGCUGUCGUGGGUCGCGAGCGCGAGCGCGGCGAACACGGCGCGCGUUCGGCUCGCGACGUCGCGCGGCUCGCUGCUCGCGUCCUGCAGCUUCACGGCCGAGCGCGAGCAGCAGCGCGCCACCAACGAUGACCGAGUGCUUGCCACCGCUGUCAAUUUGCAAGCCAACCUCCCCACACAGACAGAGUCGCCGCGCGAGGAAGCUAGUGAUGUAAAGUGCGUGAAGCGCGUCCGCGAAGUUGUUCUGUUAACGGACGAUCGCAACCUGCGAGUGAAGGCUCUGGCUGCUGAGCUGCCGGCGAGGGACUUGCCUUCCUUCGUGCAAUGGGCGGGAUUGGCGCAAGAUGCAAAUAUGACGACGAUAUCGACAAAAAAAAAGCAUUCGGUAAACAAGUGAUGGAUCGUUAUAUGACCUUUAACAAGAUGACGGGCCCGAGCUCAGAAUGAUGGCAGACACAGAGCUUGGGGAUACGUUCGGCCCGAUCUUGCGAGAUGACUCGAAUGCGCUUACACUAGCAUAGGAAUUGAAUAGAAUAAGUAAAAAUACACCAAUAAACACUUAAAGUAAUUUUGAGUGUUCCACGUUCUACCCUUGUGUUCCUGGGCUACGUUUUUAAUUGUUAUUUUUAUAUAUUUUCAGUUAUAUUUUAAGAUAUUAGAUAAAUCGUAAAUUUAAUGUUGCUGAUCUUUAUUUUUAUUUACUUUUUGUAAUAUAAUAAGUAUAUUUUUGAUUAUUUUGUAGUUAGGUAAAAUAGUAACAAUCUGGAUCUAUAACAUCAAGUACAGGUGGCAUAGUACGUUUUCAUUUAUAGCUUACGUAGAAUACUUAAUGGCGAAUCAUUCGUAUUUAAUGAAAUAAAUGCACUGUUAUAAAGCUUAUUAAAAUCUGUAACAGUUAUUUUUGUGAAAUUUUAGAAUUUAGAAUAAAAAUGAAUAUUUUCUUUAUUAUGAUUUAACGCGGAGAUUUACAUGAACGCAGCAAAGUGUAGUGUGCCAUUUGCUUCUUUGUUAAAAUUUGGCAUGAUAAAGGGUACAUUUUAUCUAUAGAAUAUUUUAGUAUCCCAGGACUGUCUUGUGAGUCUAUUAUAGUUGCAUAUAACACUUUCAUGUUUGUAUUGGAAAAUCACAUAAUUAUAAAUGUUUUGAAAUAGAUUAACAUUGCAAAGACAAUUCGUGUUUUGAUACAAGUUUAUAGAAUAUAGGAUUUCAUCUAACAUUGACAUGAGUUGUGUAUAUUUUACAUAUACAAAAGCUUUGACACCGAAUGUAAGUACAAUAAAUUUUACAUUCUGCAAAAAUAAAAAAUCAUAGCAAUCAUUUAAUUAAAAUUUAAUCUAAAUCACGAAACCUUUAAGUAAAGAGUGUUGUGAAGCUGAAAUCUGUUUUACUAUUUCCCACGCCAGCGAUUGUGAGCUUCACAUAUUUUUCUUAUUAGAUAACGAUGAAAUUUAUAUAAAACAGAUUACAUAAUUAUAUUAAAUACUGAGACCUAUAUGUAUUAGUUAUAAAGAGUUCUUUUUGAAACAAAUUUGAUGCUGUUACUUUUGUCUUAAUCAUGAAGUUUUAAUAAACAUUGAAUUACUUAAAGAGAA